AUGGGUGCGCGGGGGAAGAGAAGUAGUAGGCCCAUACCUUACCGAAGAACAUUUGUUCAGAAACUUCAUGAACUGACAAUUCUUUACUUUUUUGAAAUAGGUGAACGUUUAAAUGGUGAAAUACAUAGUAAUUUACAACAAGAUGUGGCAACUACUGAUACUAGUGAAAAGUCAGAUGACUGGUUUGAAAAAUAUCUAAAGUCGUUCAUUCCGAAAGAUCGAUGGUCUUCAAACUCACCAGAAUUAAAUUCAUUAGAUUAUUGCAUCUGGGAUUGUAUUAAUAAGAACAUUAAUUAUCAAAAAUGUUACGUUGAAGAUGAUUUAGAAAGAGAAAUAAUGCAAUUUGGAAAACAAAAUUGA